CGCAAGAAAAUAACAUACGUGAUAUUUAGAGCUUAGUUUGGGGAUUUGUUGGGCACUUAAAAUGUAAAAAACACGCAUUUUAUUUAUUCGACUAUUUGUGACUCAUAUAAUGCAGUUCAUUUUACCAUUUUAAUCGUGUGGCGUUGAAUGUUGUGACGUGUCUGACGCACGGCGAGGAACAGGAGGACAUUUUGGCUCCGCUAUGCUCCAGUUUCCACACUUGAGCCCGAGUUUAGUACGUUAUUAAGCACGACGUGCGAAAUUUGAGCCAUUAUGGAAGCGCGAUAGAGCCACUGCAAGCAGCCUUAUACAGCAACUGAGCCAGGAUGGUCCGGGUUGUGUUCCUGCACCCUGAUCUGGGUAUAGGAGGUGCAGAGCGGCUGGUGGUAGAUGCUGCUGUGGCGUUGACAUCUCGUGGCUGCAGUGUCCAGAUAUGGACAGCACACUACGACCCACAGCACUGCUUUUCAGAGACCCUCUCGCCAGACCUACCUGUGGUGUGUGCAGGCGAUUGGUUACCCACCAGUGUAUUUGGGUACUUCCAUGCUCUUUGCGCCUACCUGCGCAUGAUUUACGUAGCAUUUUAUCUGGUCUUUCUGAGCGGCGAGGAAUUUGAUGUUGUCUUCUGUGAUCAGGUCUCAGCAUGUAUUCCUGUCUUGCGCCUGUCACGCCACAGAAAGAAGGUUCUUUUCUACUGUCACUUUCCUGACCAGUUACUGACUCAGCGUCGUUCGCUGCUGAAGCGUCUCUACCGUGCGCCCAUCGACCGUCUGGAGGAGCUGACCACAGGCAUGGCCGACCGUAUUGUGGUCAACAGCAAAUUCACUGCUAGCGUGUUCAAACAGACCUUCCCCAACCUGGCUGAGAUACACACAGAUGUCCUGUACCCUUCUCUGAACUUUGCUUCUUUCGAUGUAGAGGUGGAAGAAGACCUCACUGGCCUGGUUCCUGAGGGCCGACGUGUCAUUUUCCUUUCCAUUAACCGCUACGAGCGAAAGAAGAACCUGCCGUUAGCAUUGCAGGCUUUAGCUGCUUUAAAGGACAGUAUUUCUUCAAGGCAGUGGGACCAGGUGCAUCUGGUGAUGGCAGGUGGCUAUGAUGAGCGCGUGGCUGAGAACCUGCAUCACUAUGGUGAGCUGCGCUUGCUAGCGGCCUCUUUAGGUCUAGUGGAGCAUGCCACCUUCUUGCGCUCUUUCUCAGACCGCCAGAAAGUAGCCCUCCUUCAGAGUAGCACUUGCGUGCUGUACACGCCCAGCAAUGAACACUUCGGGAUUGUGCCAGUGGAGGCCAUGUACACCCGCUGUCCCGUCAUUGCUGUUAACUCUGGUGGGCCGCUAGAGUCAGUGGCACAUGAGGAGACUGGCUUCUUGUGUGAUCCCACACCAGAAAGUUUUUCAGAAGCAAUGGGACGCUUUUUGACAGAUCCAGGACUUAAGCAGCGCAUGGGCCAGGCCGGCCGGGACAGAGUCAUAGAUCGCUUCUCUUUGCAAGCAUUUACUGACCAGCUCCACAGGCAUAUCCUCAGCCUGACCGAUUGAUGCUAUGACAUCAUACAGACCCAGUGACUCCAGCACUCUCAGCAUUCCACUGUGCAGGUCACCAUGGAGAGACCAAUAAAAGAAUGCGCUCGCUAAUUAGAGAAAAGAGCAGCGAACGAAUGGGUACUUUUAACCUGUCUAGGACUCGGCUGGUGGGACAAUACGGACCUCAGCUUGGAUAGGGCCAGAAUGUGGAGCACCCGUCUGACUGAGAGGUUAAUGAAUUACUGUUUGCUGGCUACAUUGAUCGUGCGUGUCAUCUCAGGGGCCUGAAGUGUGAGUGUGAGUAAGAGUUUGUGUGGAUGCGUGCAUGUGUGUGUGUGUCUUUUGCCUGCGGACCAUUAGAGAGUUUCCGGGGCAGAAAUCGAUGGGGAGUAUUUCUGUGCCCUGUUCCGUCUUAAAGCAUUUCAGCCUUUGUUCAGUAAUAACAAUGGCGGAUGUUAUUUCAGCCUGAAACUAGUGGAGCUCGUAAGUUAGUUAACUGGAAGGAAAGUUCUCUUAGAGACAAAGGGGCACAAUUCUGUAUUGGUUUUUGGAUUGUUACUGACUCUCUGUGCUUUCUCAUAGAUGCUAUUGAUGUGAAACUGAGGUCAUCAUUAAAUUAAAUGAUGCACACUG